AAUACCAGCUCUUUUUUUCCUAAAAUUUUUUUCUCUAUCUCUUCUUUGAAAACCAGCUUCGGAUGAUGAGAAGCGAAGGAUGAGAGAGAUGACGGAGGUCUCAUCAAUGGCUGCUUCUCAGGAUCCCUUCUCCUUCUUCCACAAUUACCCCUUGAUCUCUUCCCUUCUCUCCUUUGUCAUCGCCCAGUGCAUCAAGUUCUUCACCUCCUGGUACAAGGAAAGACAUUGGGAUCUAAAGCAGCUGGUUGGAUCUGGUGGAAUGCCAUCAUCACAUUCUGCUACAGUUACUUCGCUCGCCAUUGCUGUUGGACUCCAUGAUGGCUUUGGGAGUUCUUCGUUCGCUAUUGCAAUGAUUUUUGCAUGUGUUGUGAUGUAUGAUGCUUUUGGGGUACGUUUACAUGCUGGAAAGCAGGCUGAGGUGUUGAAUCAAAUUGUAUAUGGACUUCCAUCAGAGCACCCUCUAGCUGAUACAAGACCUCUGCGUGAACUUCUAGGGCAUACUCCUACUCAGGUUGUUGCUGGUGCAUUACUGGGAUGUGUUACAGCUAUUAUUGGCCACCAGAUCAGUUUGGCACAUAGAAAUGCUUCUUGAAGUUAAAAAAUUCUUGGUAUACAAGAGAAAAUAUAUAGCACCUCAGAUUGCUACUUUGUAAAUACCCAAUUCACUCUCUGAUAUUGUGAUUCAUCAUAACAACCACCCUCCCUUUGAAUUCAUUCCAUGAUUUAGACACCAUUUUGCAGUAAUCUCAGCAUUGUCAACAACAACUGACUUUGAAACAUUUCUCUGCUACUUCAUUCUCUGUUAUUACCAGCCAUCA